AUGAGUUCCACGAAAAGUAAUGGAGUUUGGGUUUUCAUUGAGUUGCCUAGUGAUGUAAAAGCUAUGGGAUGUAAAUGGGUCUUUGAGACAAAGAAAGACUCGUUAGACAACAUUAAGAGAUAUGAGACAAGACUUGUGAGCACUUGGUUUGUAAGCUUAACAAAUUUAUAUACAGCAGAACAUAAGCGUCCCAUCAAUGAUGACAAUUUGCUUACAACCAAUGAUAAGGGUUUGCUGGAUGAGGAAGCUUAUAUCAAUAAAAUUUUAGAGAGACUUUGGAUGAAGAAUUGUUCAUCAAGUGUAGCUCCCAUUGUAAAAUGUGAUAGAUUCAAUUUGAACCAAUGCCUAAAAAAUGAUCUUGAAAGGGAACAAAUGAAGAGCAUUCCAUAUCCUUCGGUUGUCAAAAGCUUGAUAUACUCAGUUGCUAUCUUCAUAGUCAAGAACAACAAAAGUUGUAGUCAAAGUAAACACAUCAUCAUUAAGUAUUUAGCCACAAGGGAAUACAUUAAAGAAAAGAAAGUGGUCAUUGAAUACAUAAGCACUAAAUUGAUGAUCGCUGAUCAUUUGACUAAAGACAUGCUACUAUUGAAAUUCAAGCAUCGUGUAGAGAAAAUAGGACUUAGUUCCGCUAUGUAA